AUGAAUGUGUUCCAGUGGGCUUUCGGCAAAAGCAUAACGCCCCAAGAGAGGUUGAAGAGAAACCAAAGAGCUUUGGAGAGAACUCAGAGAGAACUUGAUAGAGAGAAAAGGAAAUUGGAAACGCAAGAGAAAAAAUUGGUUGCCGAUAUCAAAGGAUCUGCUAAGAAUGGGCAAGUGGCCGCCGCUAAGGUGCAGGCUAAGGAUCUCGUUAGAACCAAGAAUCACAUUCAAAAAUUUGACAAUAUGAAGACUCAACUUCAGGCUAUAUCGCUAAGGAUCCAGGCUGUCAGAAGUAGUGAUCAAAUGACUAGAUCGAUGAGAGAAGCGACACUGCUACUUGCUGGUAUGAACAGGUCAAUGAAUUUACCCCAAUUACAACGUAUAUCAAUGGAGUUCGAGAAGCAGAACGAUCUGAUGGACCAGAGGCAAGAGUUCAUGGAUGAGUCGAUAGAUAAUGUCAUGGGAGAUGAGUUGGAUGAGGACGAAGAGGCCGAAGAGAUUGUCAACAAGGUAUUAGACGAAAUUGGAGUUGAUUUAAACGCCCAAUUACAUAAGGCACCCCAGGAUGUCGUGGUCAAUAGUGCUGUUGAACCUGCUCAACUCGCAGCUGAACGAAUGGAUGCUACGGGAGGGAAUGGUCCGAACAGCGCUGAUGAUGAGCUACAAGCACGAUUAAACAGUCUUAAGAGAUGA